GUAAAGUAAUGUUUUGUGUACGUGAAUCCGAACUUUGCUAUAGUACUAUUUUCUCGUAAUCGUCGUUCAAAUAAAUGACACGCAAUAGCGAGGAACCAAUAAAAGACGACGCGCAAAUACAUGAGUUUUUAUAAAUCAAGUGCACAACAUACAAACGUAGUAGUCGUGUAAUUUGAUUCUUGCAAAUUUUGCGUUUUGCACCACCGUUUCUAGGCGAUAUAAGGCAAAAAAUAUAUUGUUUUGAUAUUGCACUGGCAUGACGACGGCGUGAUUCCCAUGCCCUGCGUUCCUAGUUCCUACGGAAGGGCGUGCAGAUUACGUUUACUAUGAAUGAUUUUAUCUCUUUCUAAACUAAAGUGUCUGUGAAUGACCGAGUGUAAUAGCGAGCGUACCGAAUUAUGGAGUGAAAAGUGUUUGUUGUUGAUAUAUCUUGAUAUUUCCAACGCGACGCAAGUGUUGUUAUCUCGUCCGGGAAUCGUAGUGGCGCGGUAGAGAGUUAAAGUGUUAGCGGUCAUAUGGCGCCCGACGGACUACGCCGGACGCAAAUUUGCUACGCCAUUCGAUUAAUUACCAAGCACAUUACUAUUUACGCGCUAUUGAAAAGAGAUAGUACGUAUUUUUAGUCGCUUCGACGGUUAGGACUAGAAUUCCGUGUGACUUUCGUCACGUAAACAACUUCAAGGUUAAGCGCUCGUCGUGUGUCUACGGGCUAGGGGCUGGGAUGCUGGCACGCUGACAUGGCUGCGAUAUCGGGCGGCGCCGUAGUGCGCCAGGGCCACCUCCGAAAAUUGAAGACCAUGAAGAAAAAGUACUUCGUUUUGCGCGCCGAAACCAACGAGUGUCCCGCACGCCUGGAGUACUACGAGUCGGAGAAAAAGUUCCGCGCGGGGGCCGCGCCGCGCAGGUUCCUGCCGUUGAAGAGCUGCUACAACAUAACUAGGAGAUUGGAUCUGAAGCAGAAGCAUGUGAUCGCCUUGUUCACGCGGGAGGAGCAGCUGUGUAUAGUGGCGGAGAACGAGCAGGAGCUACACGCGUGGUUAACGGCCAUCCUGAAGCUGCACCACUCGGACGACGCCAGCGACGAGCUGCUGCACCCCAUACAACACGUGUGGCAAGUGAACGUGCAGAAGAAGGGUCUGGGUGCGUCGAAGAGUAUCCAGGGGCUGUACAACCUGUGCCUCACGGACAAGACUCUCACCCUCGUUAAGAUUAAGAGUCACAACAAUAUUAUCAGCGACCUCGGAAUACCGGAGCGUGUCGAGUACUCUCUCAAGAACAUCAGAAGAUGCGGCGAUUCGGAGUGCUUCUUCUACAUGGAGGUGGGGCGGCAGACUGCGACCGGCGCCGGCGAGCUCUGGAUGCACUCGGAGGAUUCUAACAUAGCGCAGAGCAUGCACUCCACGAUAUACCACGCGAUGAGGAACUGUGCGAAGGAGACGGAGAACGAGAAGGACCACAUAAUCCUGAGCAAGAAUUCCCUGCUGGACGGCACCAACCCCCUGCCCGCGCGCCGACAGACAUACUCCGACGGCAGGGGGCGCGCCGGACUCUACAAUGAGAAGGGCCUGUGCGUUGGCUCGUGUAUAAGACAGUGCGUGUGUUCCGCCACCUACUCCAUAGAGGACUCAGCCGCGGCACUCGCACCCUUCACUACGAACAAUGAUGCGAGCACGCUGCGGAACCGCUGCGACAGCAUGCCCUCGCGCGCUUGCUCCUCCUUCGAGAGCGAGCGCGCGCCGCCGCGACACGACCUGCUUGAUGGGCUGGACUCGUCGCGCGACGACAUCGACUGCGUGGAGUGGUACCGCACGCCGCGCAUUCCUGAGGAGCCUGACUGCAUCGACGUAUCCAAGGACUUUAUCAACCUAACGCGGCGCGGCGCGUCGGUCCAGCACUCGCGCACGUCGUCGCUGGGCGCGUCCUCGGGCUCCGCGGACGAGGGCUACCUCGCCAUGGGGCCGCCGCCGGAGCCCUGCGGCGCCGCCCCGCCGCCCCCGCCCGCCUCGCUCUCCAGCGGCUCCGUCUGCUCCGGCACGCCCUCCACAGACCCUAGGUUUAGCGAGUACCAGCUGGAGCCGGCCAUGUCGCACAUCGCGGAGGAGAGGUCGGCGCGCGCCUACAGCGUGGGCUCGCGGCCGGGCGGCACGCGCGUCGAGCCCGCCCGCCUGCGCGCCUACAGCGCCGGAGCGCGCCGCCGCCCCGCGCCCCGCCCCAGCCAGGGAGACUUCCUCGAGCUCGACUUCUCCAACAACUCGCCCCCGCCCAAGGUGAUAGUUCCUCGGACUCCGCCGACUAUUGGCUUCUUCGAAUCGAAGAAGAAUACGGACGAGUACGUGGACAUGUUGCCGCGCAACUCCGGCUACGUGGAGAUGAAGCCCGGCGAGCCGCCCGCGCCCGCCGCCGCCACGCCCGCCACGCCCGACGGCUACGUCGAGAUGACGUGCGGCCGCCCCGCCCACAGCGCGCACGCCCCGCCCGCCGAGCCGCCCGACACGCCCCCCCAGCCCGCGCCGCCCCACGCCGCGCCCCACGCUCAGGGGCAGCAGACCUCGCAGAACUCCCACCACUUGUCCACGGUUCGGGAGAUAUCGGAGGACGGGCGGCGCAGCCCCGACUCCUCCCAGUACGUCACCCUGGCGCAGUCCCCCUCGCCGGAACUCAAGGAUGACACUAAAUCGAAAGCGAUGGACACGACUGAUAAUAAAACCUGUGAGACGAGCCCGGUGGCGGGCAGUCCCGGCGGCGCGCUGCACUACGCCGCGCUCGACCUGGAGCCCAGGCGCGCGCCCGCCGCCGCCGCGCCCCGCCUCUACACGCAGAUAGACUUCCUGCGCAGCGAGCAGCUGCACCCGCACGCCACGUAG